GUCAAUGGCAGGACGAGACGGAGGAGGAGGGGGGUAGGUAGAGAUGAAUCCAAGCCAAGCCUCUCUCCUCCUUCUCCUCCUCCUCCACUUCUCCGAUCUGAUCUCGAAUGGACUUAACUCGGUGUUUUUAUUUAUUAGACCUCCUCAGAUGCCGCCCUCCCUCUUGAUAGCCCCCAGGUCCUCUCUUUUUUCCUUCUUCACUUGCAUAGAAUAAUUCCAAGCUCCUCUUCCCCCCUCCAUCUCUCGUCUUGCUUCUGAACUUGACUUGAACAGCAAUUAUACCCCCCCUUUCCCUCAAUACCAAUUGACACUUAGUUGAUACCCCCCAAAAACAAAACAGCAACAAUGGCCACCGCAGUCUUCCAAACCAAGGCGACCAUCACCUCCUUCGGGGGCCAGCUCCUCAAGCUCUCCCACAAGUCAAACUCCACCGGCACCGACAUGGCCGUGAACCUCUACCUGCCCCCGCAAGCAACCACCCGCGCCGUCCCUGUCCUCUUCUACCUCUCCGGCCUGACCUGCACCCCGGACAACUGCACCGAAAAGGGCUUCUUCCAAUCCCAGGCCUCCGCCCGCGGCCUCGCCGUCGUCUACCCCGACACCUCCCCGCGCGGCCUCGACCUCGCCGGCGAGCGCGACUCCUGGGAUUUCGGCGAAGCCGCCUCCUUCUACGUCGACGCCACCCGCGAGCCCUUCCGCCAAAACUACCGCAUGGAGACCUACAUCACAAAGGAGCUCCCCGAGCUGCUCUUCCGCGAGUUCGCCGGCAAGCUCGACCGCUCCCGCGUCUCCAUCACUGGUCACUCCAUGGGUGGCCACGGCGCGCUGUCGCUCUACCUCCGCCACCCGGGCAUGUACCGCUCCGUCAGCGCUUUUGCCCCCAUCGCCAACCCGUCAAAGUGCCCCUGGGGCGAGAAGGCCUUUACAGGAUACCUCGGUGACGACCGCGCUGAGUGGGCCAAGCACGACUCCACCGAGCUUGUCAAGAACUGGAGCUACGGUCCCCUAAACGCCCUCAUUGAUGUCGGCCUCGGUGACAACUUCUACAUCCAGAAGCAGCUGCUGCCCGAGAACUUUGAAAAGGUUGUCAAGGAGAAGAGCCUCGAGGGCCUGAGCCUGAGAUACCACUACGGUUACGACCACUCCUACUUCUUCAUGGCCUCCUUUGCCAAGGACCAUGUAGACCACGCUGCCAAGCACCUGGGUCUCGGCUCCGCGUGACUCGAAGGUCGGACAAGACUGUAAACAAAGUAAACGAUAACGUUGAAGUCGAUGACAGGGAGCACGCAGUGGGGCAAAGAAACUCCAGAGUCAAGUCGAGUUGGAAUACCAAAGAUGUUGUGAGCAGAAAGACGUUGCGUGCGCGCAGUCGACAUGUAAUUCUUCUUUUUAAGUAGGUAGUAGGUUGCUGCUGAGAUUCUUGAAAUUUGAGAA